AUGAUUUAUGACUAUGAGGGGAACCAACCAUGUGAUGUGAUUCUUUCACUACAAGAAAAAACACGUAAUAGAUGUUGCUUUUUUAUAAAAUUAAAAUCGACAAAAGUGUCGUCGAUUUUUAUCACUAAAAAUCAUAACCCCUGCAUCUACAAACGCAGUUCCCAACAGUUCAGAAACCCAAUUCCCCCAAAGUUCAACCCGCAUCCACCUUCUUCCACACCACCUCCUCUUUCUUCCUCUGCAAAAACUUCCACGGCAAGUUGUGCCCUUGCCGGUGCAGCUGCAGGUUCUGGUACCACUGGACAUGAAACGGUUCAUCGCUCAACCCGUCACUGCGGCAUCCCUCACCUCAUUCGCGUUCAGCUCUCUCCCUGGAAAAAAAGCAAUGUUGAAGUACCUCAGUUCAUAGACAUUCCUAUCUUUGUUAGAAGCAAUCACCCUGAGCCAAUCAUGGACAUUGUGUUUCUUCAAGUACUUCUUUGUCAAAUACUUCAAGUACCUAUAACCAAGUACAUGCAAUCUUAGUUUAGGUAAACCGAUUUGAAUGGAAGCUCAAGCAAGUUUAAAAGAAGACAAAUCCCAUGGCAAAAGAUAAACAGAGAUACUUGGUUCUUAUCAGUAAUUUAGGAUCUAUAGUCACAAAUUCUCUGCUUCAUUUUUCACACAAGACUUUUGUUUAUAAUGCCAACUAAACGGCCUAAACAGUACACAAGGCAAUUUACAUAAAAAUAAAAAUAAGAUAAGAGUACUAAAAAUAAACUGUAAAAUCCAAUGUUCUAUUAGCUUUUGUUUUUCUAAAAAGAAAACACAUAUUUGAUCUAUCUUUUGUUUUUCUAAAAUUAGCUUUACUGUUUACUUUUGUUCAAAGUUUAUAUGCUUAUUGAUUCUGCUGAAUUAAAAUUAUAUACUUGCUUGUUUAUAUAAAAUUUAUUUGUUCCUUUCAGUCUUUUCUUUCUUCUUGAAUUUUGUGCAUCUC